CCUUCUUGGCUGCUCCGGCCUUGCCUACCCUUUUAAUAGCUCUGAGUCCUUUCCCUCUCUUAGUCUGCGUUUGGUAACAGUUCUGCUUCGCUAAGGUCUUUUCGAGUUUAAGACCGUUUUUGGGCUGUGGGGACUGGGGAGCUGCUCUUCUGGUAUACUAUAAAUUUGUGAAAACGGCUUAAGAGUUGAGAGAGAGAGAGUGAGGUAGAGCAGGGAAAGCGGAGGAGUACGACGACCUCCUAUGCGUGCUUCUCUUCAGUGACGCCGAUCUUCAGACGCUCUCCUUUGGAUCUCAGCUUCUGCUUCCGCAUUUUGGAUUUCUGGAACCCUAAUUCUCUUGUUUGGAUCUCAGAUCGGUUUGGAGCUUCCCUAAUUAUUCGCUGAGAUUUGAUUUCAGGUGCAUUUGUUGGAUUUCUAGAACAGUUUAAAAAUAGUAAAAAGAGAAGAAAGAAAUUUUUGGAAAUUUUUUUGGUUUAACAAGCAAAUUAUUCUGUUUCGCUUCUUAUCUUAUGGAGGAUGAACGAUAAAUAGUACUAAGGAAGACGACGCAUAGAGGAAAAUGGCACCAUCGAGCAAGUCUGACAAGAAGGCUGCACUAGAUGCAGCUUCAUGGAUGUUCAAUGUCGUCACUUCCGUCGGGAUCAUCAUUGUCAAUAAAGCCUUAAUGGCAACCUACGGCUUCAGCUUCGCCACAACAUUAACUGGUUUGCACUUUGCCACCACCACCUUGAUGACUCUUAUUCUCCGGUGGCUAGGGUAUAUCCAGCCCUCCCAUCUACCACUACUGGAUCUUUUGAAGUUUGUUAUCUUUGCAAACUUCUCCAUUGUUGGAAUGAAUGUGAGUCUAAUGUGGAACUCUGUGGGAUUUUAUCAGAUUGCAAAGUUGAGUAUGAUCCCUGUAUCGUGCCUUCUUGAAGUUGUCCUGGACAAGAUUCGAUACUCUAGAGAUACAAAGCUUAGCAUAGGUGUGGUUCUACUGGGUGUUGGAGUGUGCACUGUUACUGAUGUGAGUGUUAAUACUAGAGGCUUUGUUGCUGCCUUUGUGGCAGUGUGGAGCACUGCUCUGCAACAGUAUUAUGUACAUUACCUCCAAAGGAAGUAUUCACUCGGAUCUUUCAACCUAUUAGGCCAUACUGCUCCAGCUCAGGCUGCUUCGCUGCUGCUGUUGGGACCUUUUCUGGAUUAUUGGUUGACAACCAAAAGAGUUGACACCUAUGACUAUAAUGUUAUGUCUAUGAUUUUCAUCAUGUUGUCAUGCAGCAUUGCAGUAGGGACCAACUUAAGCCAAUUCAUCUGCAUCGGCAGAUUCACAGCUGUGUCCUUCCAAGUCCUUGGCCACAUGAAGACUAUACUGGUUUUGAUCUUGGGAUUCAUCUUCUUUGGGAAGGAAGGCCUGAAUUUACAAGUAGUUCUCGGCAUGGUCAUAGCAGUGAUGGGGAUGAUCUGGUAUGGUAAUGCGUCAUCUAAGCCAGGAGGAAAAGAGCGUCGAAGUCAUUCAAUGCCUAACAAUAGACCACAAAAACAUGGUGGGAUGUCUGAGGACGGUGAACUUGAUGCGAAGGUCUAGAGUUGACAGAAGAUGACAUCUUAUUUCUGUAACCUCAUUGACAUUAAAGGUUAGAGCCUCGCUUUCAUCUUUUUUUUUUUUUUUUUUUGAGUCACCAUUUUCUUUACUCGAUCUUGUAUUUGUUUAAGGGAAUGAAUACUCUUUAAAAGGAUGCAGUUUCCCUAAAUAUUCCUUUUGUUAAAAUCAUUAUUUAUAGUAAUUUAUUUUUUCCA